GGAAGCAGAGUGCGCAUGCGCCCAAAGUGCCAACUCGGUGUGACGUCACUCAUGGGCGCACUCACUGACUGCGCUGCUCAAACCGAGAGAUGAAGAGUCCUCCAGACAGGGCGGGCAUCAAGUUUGAGGUGGGCGCUCAACUGCAGGCCAGAGACCGCCAUAAGAACUGGUACUCGGCCACCAUCGACAAAGUGGACUACGACAAAGAGCGCAUCCUCAUCCACUACCGCCGCUGGAGCCGCCGCCGCGACGAAUGGUUCCACUGGAACUCGCCGUACCUGCGGCCGCUGGAGCGAGUCGGCCUGAGGGGGAGGCGGGGCCUCAAUCCCACCGACGUUUCCACGUCGUUUGUUUCCGGCACCAAAGUUUUGGCCUGUUGGACCGACUGUCGUUUCUACCCAGCCAAAAUUCUGCGCGUCAACGAUGACGACUCGUACACUGUACGUUUCUAUGACGGCGUGGUUCGGACUGUGAAGCCCCCUAAAGUUAAAGCCUUACAGAAAAAGUCCAAAUGUGACAAGGCGCCUGUGGGAAGCGAGGGCUUGGAAGAAGGAGAGAGCGAGGAGGAGUGUGAGGAAGAAGGAAGGGAGGAUGAAGAGGAGAACGAGGAGGAGAAGGCUGAAGACGAAAGGGGCCCCCAGCCGUCUUCGUCGUCGUCGUCGUCGUCGUCGUCGUCGUCGUCGUCGUCGUUGCCUCCUCCAGCAGACAAGGAGAGUCUUCCACGCUCUCCGGGUGGAAACAGCGAGACACACGAGCAGCCAAUCGCAAGCGAGCUUAGCCAGCCUGAUGUCCCAAACCCUGCCCGCAUCGACAAAGAUGUGCUGUUGGAGCGCCAAGCCCACCUGCCCACCACUCACAAAUUCAGCAGAGAACCCUUGUACAGGGUGAUCAAGAACCAGCCUCCCCCCAUCCUCUCCAUCGAGCUGGACCACAAUCCCUUCAAGUGUCCGUCGGCAGGCUGCACCAAAUCCUUUCGGAAGGCCAGUCUGCUGCACUACCACAUCAAGUACUACCACGCGGAGCAGGAGCAGCAGCCGGACGAGCGAGGCAGCGUAGUUGCAGCGGAAACGCCCAGGAGAAAGCGCUCGACUUCCGAGGGUGGCCACUUCCCGUAUGACACAGCGAGCGUCACCUGUCACCAUGACGACAGAGAGCGCAGGACGACGGUAACAGAGGUGAAGAGGGACAAGAGUCAUCAAGACAGGAAAGAGAGGAACAACUUCAUGAGGGGCAAAUUGAAGAGGAAGAAGAAGAAGAAGAAGAAGAAGAAGAAAAAGCUAAAGCUGAGUCCAUCAGACGUGUGCAGUAGCGACGACGGCGGCUCGGCCUUCAAAGUCGACGAGGAGCACCCCGGCACGCGCACACCGGACGACGGCAGCGACUGGUCGACGCUGACGGCCGAGAGCGGCGAGGACGCGCCCUCCCGGUCGCUGGCCACGGGGACGGAGGACUGCGAGGCGGUGAGGUGCGUGUGUGAGGUGGACGAGGAGAACGACUUCAUGAUCCAGUGCGAGUCGUGCUUGUGUUGGCAGCACGGCACCUGUAUGGGCUUGUACGAGGACAACGUCCCACGGAACUACAUCUGCUACUACUGCAGACACUGUACAGGUUGGAGGCGGGCUCAGUAUUACCUGUCCGAGCCCGACUUGCUGACUUCCGGGCGCAUGUUCGGCCUGUCUUUCGUGGGGGACAACUACUCGGAGGGCAACACCUCCAAGAUCGCGCAGACCGGCGGCCUCCUGGCACACACGCACGGCCUCAAUCGGGUCCUCAGCGGGCUGCAGCUGAAGAUUAGCCUCUUGCACGCGCCGUCGCACCCCGACUUGCAGCUGUGGCGGUUGCCGUGGACGUCGGAGGAGGGGCGCAAGCCGAGAGAAGAGACCCCUGUCAGUUAUGUCAGCAGCGAGCACUGCUACCAGAAGCCCGUUGUGUUGUGGGACAAGCCGACGGCCGCUGCGAAACAAGACGCACGCGGUGAGACGGAUAAGGAAAUAAAGCGGGAAGACGAAGGCGAUUGGCACGGCCGCGCCAAAAGAACAAAGCGCGGGUGCACAAACGGCGACAAAGGGCACGCGCGCGCUCACCCGCCCACCUCGUCGACGGCGUGCCAGCUGAACCUGCUGGAGCACGUGGAGCGCCUACACCAACAGAUCAGCACCAGGAUGGACGUCAUCGAGAAGGACCUGGAUGUUUUGGAGUCAUGGUUGGACCAUUCCGGCGAGCUGGAGCCUCCCGAGCCGUUGUCCCGCCUGCCUCAGCUCAAACAGCAAAUCAGACGCCUGCUGCGCGACCUGUCCGUCGUGAGGCGGCUGUCUGUGCGCCACUGGCACUCCAGCUAACAAACAUGAUGGCACAUGGGACAAAUCAGGCACUCGAGCGCUUUUCUGCAGCGCCCCCCACGCCCCAAAAGUGCACUAGGCAGAGACAUUCAGCAGCUAACUAACUUGGCCGUGUACACAUCAACGCACACUCUUGAGCAUGAUUCUUUUACCAGCGUUUUGACGUUUCCUUGUACAUUGUAAGUUGAUUUCAUUUGUUGGAAACCAAGAGGGUUCUUGUUUUGACAAGAAAUCUAUUCUUCUUCAACAGAUGGCAUGAUGCUUUUGUUGUUGGUUUAAAGAUGGAAAAAAAAAAAGGUCAAAUGCUAAACAAGACUCACGCGUGGACGCCAUUUGGCCAAGGGUGAGCCCGGAUUUUGCUAGCGUGACAACCGGCGGUCGUCUCCUCUUCCGCUUGCUUCAACUAGCGGAAGCGGAGCAUUUUUGCGCCGCUCGGGCACGUCGCCAAAUACAAACCGCCACGCACUCUGCCAACGGAGUCAUCAAGUAAGUUUGUCCGUAUGAAGCUCAACACUGCGAGCGCCCAGAGACAUUCAAGUGCAUUAUUACUGAUCAAUGCACAGCGGUUCAUUGCCAAGCCGCCAAAUGACACUUUUCGAUUGAUGCGCCCACGCCAAACGCAACACCCCCCCCCCACAAUUUAGUGAAACAUUGCCACCUCAUUAUCGUAAUCGAAGACUUCCUGGUAACACCGUCAGCUAUGGCGAAUCUGUGCUAGCACUGCAGCUCCGCUUACCUUUGCUGUGACACGAUACAACUUGCGCCGCCGCUUCCAAGUGGUUCUCCGGCUCCGGAACAUCGGUGGGACUAACGUACAGAAGGGCUCGCUCGCAGACGGCUUUAGAAAUAGUCAGGUAACUAAAGAUUCAAUUUCCCACUUGAUAGGCGGGUGAGCAGACAAGUAUUUGUGUACAACACGCUAACUAAUCUUUCACUUUCCUGCAGGCAUCCUAAUACAUGCGGCCGUUUGAAGGAUGAGAUUUUGCUCACCGGUCGCUUGCGUCAUCCUGCACACACACAGCAAGCAAACUGUUUUCUAUUCUUCUACGAGAAACGGAAAUGUAAGAAGUUGUAGAUUUAUUUUGAUGGUGUUAAACUCACAAAAAACA